GUUUGGGGAGAAUGUCAGGGAGCAACCAGCAACAGGACCUGGUGCUCAUUAAAGAACUGGAGCUCAUCUUGGAUUCCUGCACACUGGAGCUCACACAAGUGGAUGAAGUCUGGCCCAACCUGUUCAUAGGAAACGUGGCCGUGGCACAGAAUAGAAAGACAUUACAUAAGCUUGGCAUCACUCAUGUCCUGAACGCAGCGCACUCUAAGCAGGGCAGCAUCGGUGACCAGAGUUUUUAUGGGAACACCUGCGUUUACUUUGGCAUCCCAGCAGAAGAUUCAGAGCGCUUUGACCUCAGUCAAUAUGUCAAACCUGCAGCUGACUUCAUACAUAAAGCCCUGAAGAAUAAAGAUGGAAAAGUGCUGGUGCAUUGCAUCAUGGGGGUGAGUCGAUCAGCCACUUUCGUCCUGGCUUACUUGAUGUUGCGGCAGCGUCUCCCUCUGAGGGAUGCUCUGAGACAUGUGGCCCAAAAACGAGCCAUUUACCCCAACAGGAACUUCCUGUCUCUCCUCCUCAAGCUGGACGAACAGCUGACACUCAGACGGAGGUUGUGUCCUUUUCUCUGCCCCCCCCCCCAUCUUUUUUCACCUCCUCUGAACUCCUUCGUCACAUUAGCCAUUAGUCACCUCGAGACAUCACUCUCUUUCCACUCCACUCUCAUCAAUAUAUCUUUAAAUAAUACUAUCAGUGUACCAUGUGGUUAGAGGUGUGAUUUUAACAGUAAUUUCAAUUCAAUUUUUUUAAGGUAAUGUAAUUUUAUGCACAAUUUUAAAUUCUGCAAAGGUCAUGUGUUGUGAAAUUAUUAAUUAUUUAGGUGUCAUAUUUCAUUUUUUGAGGUUUGUUUUUCAUAUUCAAAAUGCAUUUAAAUGUUACCUGUCAGUGUUGUCCACAGGCUCUGUAAAUAAAGCUUUAUGUCUUGUCGUGAAUAUAUACAUUUUAUGAUAUUUAAUUAAAAUAUUCUGGAUGGACGGAUAGACUAUAAAA